AGUCUAUCGGCAACCUGCGUACUAGUCGCGUCGCAGUGUGUUUACGUAACAGUUAUUAUUCUUACUUGUCAGUGUUAAUUUCACGUAUGAUUUAAUUUUAGCCGGUUCCUCAAAUUUUUACGUUCAACCCCCCUCAUUAUUCCCCUUCAAAAAAAAAAAUAAUAAUAAAAAAAAAAAAAUAAUUUUUUUUUCCUCACCAAUUAUUAACAAACAAACGUCAUCCGUCAAAAAGUACGUCACCCUCGUCGUCGAGGACUCCCCCUUCCCUGUUCCUUUUGCCUCCAUUCCUUCACCAAAGAACCAUUUCACCUGCUGCAUGGGCUAUUCGGUAUAUCAUCACCACCACCAUCACCACAAUCAGCAGUAUCCUUGGAGUGGUUCAACCCAGGCCAAAACUCCAUCGCGCCUACCUGGCUCCCAGUUCUCUUUUACCCUAUCGAUUGCUCGAAAAUAGACGCGAGGGAGCGCGUUACCUUUCUCUCCUUUCUCGCCCGCGUUCGUCCAUAUAGCGUGUGACAGGUGCAAACCCCCCUUCCCCUCCCCCCCUCUUCUAAUAUCGGUGACAGUCGCAACAACGUGAUCAGAGAAAAAUAAAAAUAGUGCAACACAACAACACUUGGGCAUGAUCGACGAACGCAGGAGAGAAAGAGGACAAUCAAGGAUACUGUACAAAUUAUAAUAGAAUUAGAAAGAAACGAAGACUAAUUUUAAAAAAAAGGCUCUAAAAAAAAGAAAAAACAAAAGCGCGACUAGAAAAUUGAAUAACAAAAACUACAAAGGUGGAUUCAAAUAGCAGGUUUCAGGGGUGGAAGAAGUGGAGCAAAAAAGAAUUAAAACGGAAUUUUUUCUCCCGCAAGGGAAGUCAUUAUCAAAGUUCUACGACCUGGAGGCGCCUGUCGUCUUCGCCGGUACCAACAUAACGCCGCCCGCUCUAAAACGCCCGAGACGGGACACGGUGGACUCAUCGCCGCCACCCGCUCGUAACGUCGCACCCGGAAAUCCCGGAACCUCCAGCGAACUCGCCUGUAUUAUGGACGCACCGCUGUCACAGAGUAUGGACUCCGUAAACACGGUGGCCACCGGCGAAGACGAGGUGCGCACCUUGUUCGUGAGCGGCUUGCCGAUGGACGCCAAGCCAAGGGAGCUCUAUCUUCUCUUCAGAGCAUACGAGGGUUAUGAGGGUUCCCUCUUAAAAGUCACAAAUAAAAAUGGAAAAACGGCAUCGCCGGUGGGCUUCGUGACUUUUCACACGAGGGCAGGUGCGGAGGCUGCGAAACAAGACUUACAGCAGGGGGUUAGAUUCGAUCCUGAUAUGCCACAAACCAUACGUUUGGAAUUUGCAAAAAGUAACACAAAGGUUAGCAAACCCAAGCAACCAGCCGCUGCAGCAGCCACCUCGCACCCCGCUCUGAUGCACCCUCUAACUGGACCCCUAGGAAGUCCAUUCUUUCCGAGUGGUCCAGAACUGUGGCAUCAUCCCUUAGCUUAUUCAACGGCUGGUGAAUUACCUGGGACAUUGCAACAUGCGACGCUGGUUCAUCCCGCAUUACAUCCUCAGGUCCCCGCGCCUAUGUCACUACCGCAUCCUACUACGUUGACGUCGAUACACGCCUCGUUACCGCACUUUUUACCAUCACCAGCAUUGGCGUCACCAGUAGGUUCAUCGUCGUCACAACCAAGUAUUGCCGUUAGUAAUGCUCCCUGCUCGACUCUAUUCGUGGCGAACCUAGGACAAUUCGUCUCAGAGCACGAGCUCAAGGAGAUCUUCAACAGUUUUCCUGGUUUCUGUCGGCUUCGUAUGCAUACGAAGGGAGGCUCGCCAGUGGCCUUUGUCGAAUAUCAAGAUGUUCGCUACGCGGCCCAAGCAAUGGCCACACUUCAAGGAUCCCUUCUGGUCUCCUCCGACCGGGGAGCAAUACGAAUCGAAUAUGCAAAGUCAAAAAUGGCCGAGGUGGGCUUUACAAAUCUCUGGAUCGAAGGAUCAAAGGGAGAAGAAAACGGGCAACCUUAAAAUCGACAUCAACGGGAUGUAAUUUAUAAAUAUUCCAAAGUGAGCCUGCUUUUUUGUGAUUUCAAAAUCCGAAGAAACCAAAUCGUCUAAUAUAUAAAUAUAUAAAUAUAUAUAUAUGAAAUCGACAACGACAAAAACCAAUAAAGAAAACGAAGGAAAAAAACUCAUUACAAAGGCUAAAAAUAAGAACAAUCAGAAACGGACAAAAAAAAAGAAGAGUUUGGAGUCACUAGGAAAAAAUUUUGCGCAUUCGGAGCAACUUAAUUCGUGACUUCUCUCGUAGAGAGGGGGAGGGGGAAUGGGGAUAUUGCUGAUAAAUUUAGGUAUCUAAACCUAUAUAUUUUUUAAUCGAAUAAACGCCAGCCGAUUAUUUAUUUUCAACGACGAAUUAAAAUAUAUAAUAGAAAAUUGACGGACGACCAAAUUUUCGAAAAACAUCGACCUGAAUCUAUUCUCGCUGGUCUGCUUUUUGAGUGCGCAUAAUAUAAUAAUAAAUAUAGGUAUAUAGGUACAUUAUUUAUUAAUUCGAAUCUCAUUAUUCUCGUCAAGGCUAUUAUUGUUUCUUUUUUUCGAAACGAUAUACAAUUUUUUAAAAAUUUUUUUAUUAUAACUGUCGUCCUAUAUGGUCUUAAUGGACCGGAUAAAAAAAAAAAAAUUCGUUUGUAUGUAAAAAGGCACUGUUAAACUCACAACACCCGCACCACGUCGUAUAACACUCUUAUUAUCGAAUUGUAGGUAAAUCGAGUAUCUGAUUGCGCAGUAAAGCACGCGUAUUACGAAUUUUUUCUUAGAGAUACGCCUCCUCUUUGUUCUUCUCUUAAAAAAUAAUUCUUAUUCACAAAAAUGUUCCAUUUUGAAAGAAUUAAAUUUUUUUUUAAUAAUUCAUAAAAUAAAUAAUUAUCGAAAAAAGUAGCAAUAUUUCCUUUGCGCUAUGGGAAAAGGAUUUUUUUUUUUUAGUCAUUAAAGUAAUUCUGUAAUAAAUUUUUACGAGGGGAUUGUAUUUUCUUUUAAUUAAGAGCUAAAGAGAGAGAAAAGAAAGAGGCGAAUCUCUCUGUAUAUUAAAAAAAAAAAUAUCGUGCGAAAUGCACGCUUAGAAGUGAUAUUAUCGAAGGAAAGUGAUUUUCUACUAUCUGCCUAUAGAAAAUACGCGUGCGAAAUUGGAGAAAAAAAAAUUAAAUAAAACACGAACAGCAAGCUUAAUACCAAAGGUGCCCUACUAAGAAAACAUGUAUUUACGUUUUAUCAUCUGCAAUCGUGAAGGCGAAAUAUCUUGUUAAAGAGAAUUUAAUUGUCAUAGGAAAAAAAAAAAGAGCGUGGGUGAGUGAGAAAAUUAAACGCGAGAACGAGAGUUAAGAAAGAGUAUUAAAAAAAAAGUAAUAAUUGUAUAACGAAUGCAAACAUAUCAAUAGGAUAAGAAUCCUUAGUGAAAAAUUUAAAGUAUAAAAUAGUAAACUUAUAUCGUAACAAUUUGUCUCUAAUAAUACGAUAUAUAUAUUAUAUAUUAUAUAUAUAUAUAUAGGUGUGCCCCGUGUGCUAGAACGACAGCCAACUCGGCACGUAAUUUGCAUAAGUGCCUUCCUGUUGGUCAAGUCUGUACCAUAAGUUACUUCAUAAUGUCAAUGUCGAUCCGACUUUAAUCCGACCCCCGAUUUUUCAUCUAGCGAAACAAAUUUCGAUUUCUUCUCUCCCCCCUCCAAAAAAAGUCAAUUUUUAAUUAUUCAAUCGAAAAAUUAAAAAAUCUAUUUAAAAACGAAAUUUAAAAAAAAAAAAAAUUUCUUAACAAUAUAAGGAAUUAAAAAAUAUUUGAAAACUUAUCAAAAAGGAGUGAAUUUCUUUUUGAUUAUAUUUUGUUUUUGUUUUCCUGAUUAGAAAAAAAAAAUGAGGAAAUAAAUUACUGGGCAUUUAUUACACGCAUCCGCAAUUAGUAACGACGAAAAAUAACGAUGCUGUGGUAGUUGAGUAAUUAAUCGUAAUACGCCGACAAGAACUUCUUCUCAUUUUCUCUCUCUCUCUCUCUCUCUCUCGACAUUGUCGAGGGAGAAAAAUAACUGAAAAAUGAAUCUCUUGGUGUUUUAGCACGUUGGUGUAAAACAAAGAGAAAACCAGAAAAUCCGAACUUCCCGACUUUAAUACCGUCCCUGAGAGGUGAGAUUCUCAAAUUUCCCGGUCGAUUUUAGGGGAUUCUUUCCACUUAAUUUUGUCUCUUCUUCUUCUUUUAAUUGAAAUCUCAUUUUUAGAUGUUUAAGACAAUUUUCCUUAGAUAUGAUAGAUAAAUUCGAUCAUCAAAUUAAAAGUUUUUAAUUUUGAAAAUUUUUGAAUUUUAAUUCCAAUUUAUGUGAACCUUUUUAUUUUAUUAAUUUAUAAUUAAAAUAGAUUAAUUUUAAUUCGAUAUAUUCUAAGGGAAAAAAAUUGAAGGAUAAAUUAGAAGACGAAAAAAGAAUGGUAUUAGAAAGAAUUUUUAUGAGGAAAUGGUUGUAGAACUUGUACAAGACACGAAUCCACUUUUGAUUCGAGUUAAACUCACGCUAUACGAGAGAGCGAGAGAGAUAUCGAGAAGUUGAUAGGAAAGAAAGGAAGGAAGGGCACGUACAAAUGCUUGACUGUAACCGUUACAGAGUAAUAUAAUUAUCCUCGGAGAGCCGUAAACGAGUCCGCGGUCCAUCGUUCUGCUUUCUUUUUCGAUUCUUUUCCCUCGCGUCGACGCAUCGACGUUUUCCUGUUCGACACGGUAAAUUUAGACGUUUUACUCGGUCUUUGAUUUCUGCGUUUUAAACCGCAAUUUUAAUUGAAGCAACAUUCCUUUCGUGAAAAAGAAGUUUAAAUGAAAACAUUUCCAAAUACAAAAAAAAAAAGAAUCGAAGAAAAGAGUGAAAGUAGGAAGAUAAAAUUUUUCAACUUAUUUCAAGGAUAAAAAAUACUAAAAUAAUUUGAUAGACAUUUUUUUUUAUAUCGAAAAUAAUAACAAUUUGUUGCAGUGUGAAUAACCGAAGCGCGCAGCUUCAAUUUCACGCAAUGUUGAAUUAUCCGGUCUAAAUAUUUUUGUUCCUUAACUACAUUCAUUGUACAAUUUCCUCCUUUAAUCACCGCGCGAAAAAAAAAGUUAAUUCGUCGCCAAGUCGCGGAUAUGCUCCUGAUUGGAUUAAUUCCACGUUUUAAACUUUAAAAAAACCAUUCUCAAAAAUAGAUGUUUUAUAUUUAAAAAUAAUCCUUUUUUUCCAUAUCAAAAAAUUGAAUAUCAGAGAAAAAUUAGAAACAGGUCAAUUUUGAAAAUCAGCGAUGUAAUAAAUUUUUAAUAUCGCAGCGCAUAAAUUCGUUUAAUAUCGCUUUAUUAACAUAAAAUCGCGUGUUUGGUAACUUUGAAAAAUAGAAAUAAUAGAAGAAGAAAAAAAAACACCUUCGUGACGAUUACGAAACGAGUCACAAGCCGCAAUGCAGCUUUAAUAUCGCGUGAUUCGACAUUCUAGGGAUUUUAUCGUAGUUGGGUCGAAGAAUCGAUACUGAGCGGGGAAAAAAAAGUUUCUCGCGUCGGGGUGCAGUGUUUAAAGUGCUUUUUACCGCUCCAAAAAAAAAAAAAAGAACAGAAAACAAAAAUUCUACAAACGGGUCGAGAAAAGAAAAAGUUAUAGGGCAAAAGAAAAUGAUUUGGUGAAAAAAACUUUAAUAUUUAAAAAACAAGAUUGAAAAAUUCACAGAAAUCAAUUCCAAAAAAAGAAAAAAAAAUUGUUAGAAAAUUAAAUUACCAAAUCAUCUCGGCCUUAAUCAUUAUGCCGAAAUUCAGAACUGCUUAAAAUUUUCGGUGGAACUGAUGAAAAAAAAAAACAUAUCAACUAGCAAAUUUGUUAAAUUAGAAAUAUUUGUUACCUACUUAUUUCGAAUCUAGUGAAUAUAAAAACUAAAAAUUAUUAUAAAUGUUUGGAAAGUGUACCAAAAUAAAAAAACUAAUAUUAUAGUUCUGGCGUGAAUUUUCAGCAGAGCUUAUCAAAUUCUCUGAGUAUUUAAUAAAUCAAUAUUCAGUAAAAAUUACAAAGAAAAAAAAAUAAGAUUCAUUGGAAUCAAUAGGUUGAUUUGAAGUGCUUUAUAAGUGAAACUAAUUCAUAUCAAUAGAAGUACGCUAUUAUAUACAUAUAUAUUAUAUAUAUACAUAGAAUGGUAUUUGCGUAAAAGUAUUAGAGUUAUAUACAUACAUGAUAAUAUAUAUGUAUAUAUAAAUAUAUAUAUAUACAAGAAAAAAAAAUCACGAUUCGUGAAAAAAAAGUGUGUAAGAUGUUGCGUAUUCACAUAAACAGAAGAGAGAACUAAAAAAAAAAAGAUAAAUAAAAAUUUCUCAUGUCAAUCAGAUAUUUUGUACCGUAUCUAGAGUAUAGGUUUAACUACUCUGUUUCUUUUAUAUAACAUUAUUAUAUAUAUAUAUAUAAAUAAUAUAUUAUUAUUAAUAUUAAUACGCUGAAUCAUGCAAUACACGCAUACACCCAUACACGCGCGAGAACAACUCUUUAUAAUACUUACAAAAACUUAGAACGUGACUAUGAUAAUUUCGCGUUAAGAACGUCAGGCGAGCUUAAUUUAAGACUUAGGGGGAACUUUUCGAGGGAAAACUGUGUUGUUGUACGAAAGCAAGCUAGGAUAAAAUAUAUAUGUUUAAAAGAGAGAAAAUUUUUUCACAUCAAAUGUCACUUUUCUUUUUAACAAUUUUGAAAUUUUUUUUUUUUUAAUCAUUUUUAUAUCUUUACACAAAAUUAAAAUUAAUUUAGAAUUAUACAUUAAUUAUAAUUUUUAAAUCGUUUAUAAAUUAUUAAAACUAAAAUAUUGUGCAAUAAAAAUAAUAUUUCGAUAAGUGUGACAAUUUUCCUCUUUAAAACGAUGUCAACGAAGGUGGAAAGAAAAAAUUUAAAAAAAAACAAUUAAAGCAAAUCACCAAAGAUUGUCAAUAUUGAUCCAAAGACAAAGGCACCUCACAAACAUUUUACUAAUAAAAAAAUCAGCUGUGAAAUGUUAUUUAAAAAAAAAUAAAGAAAAAAUAAAACAUUCGUUGACGGAUCGUAAUAGGUUGUAUUUGUAAGUCCAAGUGAGUUUUGCGAGUACUUUGAAAGUAAAUAAAUAUAAUUCGUCGCCUUUAUAUUGACUGUAAGCAAAAAAGACAUAUCGAAAGAAAUUCAUCAUAUCCUACAUUUAAGAGUAAAAAAAAAAAAAGAAUAAAAUAAUCUUAAAUUUUUUAAUGUGGACUGACGCAUUUUUUUGUUUAUAUAUAGAAAAGAAACGAUUAAAGAAUUAUAUAUAAACUAUAUAAAUAUAAUAUCUGUACUGUGUUUUAUAGAAUAGUAGAAAUUAGUUUAUAAGAUGAAUUUAAUUAACGAAAGUAUUUGUCUAAUAAAGUCCACAUUGAAAAAAAGGGUCUCGCCUUGUUAAUAAUGUUACUUGUUACUUUCUCUCUAGAUAUUUAUUCUUCUUCUCGAGAAACGUUUAAGUACAAAUUAACAAGAAUAUUGUGCAAAAAAAAUAGUACUUGAUGUAAAACUCAAUCUUAAAGAAGAAGAAGAGUAUUUAGAGAGGGGAAAAAAAACGAGGAAAGUGUCAUCACCCGUCCCACGCAGACACGCUUGAAUUUAUCACAAAGCGUAACUAUUACAUUGCUAUAUAUAAAUAUAUAUUCUAGAUUAUAGAAAUAAAACCUUUCAAUAAUAAUUUCAUAUAGUUGAAAGGAGAAAAAAAAAUGGAUCAAUUUGCUAUACACUUGAAACUUUGUUUCUGGUUACGCUUUUCAUUUUCCAGCGAUUCUGCAGAUUUUUGUACUUAGCAUUCAUCUGUUAAUAAAUAGAGCGUACCAAAUAUGAGAGAAUGACUGAAUUUUGUUUGUGAGGAAAAAUUCGAAUGAGAGAGAAAGAGAGAAAAAGAGAGCCUCAAUUAUGACGCAUGAUUUAUUUUAUUAUAAUCUAAAGAAAUCAAUAGCUGACCUUAAUUAUCAAGUUUAUUUGAGGUAAAUUUAAUUAAAUAAUUAAAUUAAAAAUUUUAUAUUGUUAAUUUUUAUUGUAAAUAUUAUAUUGAAUUAUUGUAACCUCAAUUAUUACAUGUAAUUUAGGUCAAAUUUUUCUAUAAAAUUUAUUAUUACCGUAGGUUAUUGAGAACUGAAAAUAUAUGAAUAAGAUAAGUGGAAUUUCUCAACAUAUAACUACGUCUUGUAAUUACGGAGAAUCUUCCGCACUUGUGAUCAACGAUAAUGAAACUUAUAUAUAUAUGAAAUUCUGGAAAUUUAAUUUUACUGAUGAUUUUUUUUGUGGGGGAAAUUCAUUAUAGAAAUGAAAUUUUGUAAAAUUAAAAUUAAUUCAUUAAUGCAAUUUGAAUUUAAUUAAAAUUUACUAAUUUCAUUUGUACUUAAAUUGGCUUCUUUAAAAAAUUUGUUAAUUUUUUUUGGAAUAUUAAAAAUAUAUCAUGCGUCAAUUUUUUUCUAUUUGGUAUUUAUAAUAUAUUUUAUAUGUUUUUGUGAAUUUUGAUCGACGUGUCUGCGUGAUCGAUUAUAUAUCGACAGAAUGUUCUCAAAAAAUUGAUUGCAACAUGCGAAUCACUUUAAUUGUUUUUUAAUAUUAUAAUUUUAUGGCAAAAAUACAUUCGAAAAAUUUCAUCGAAGACUUUAUAAGGAAAAAAAUAUUACAAUUUUUGUCCAAAAUGCACGAUAAAUUAUUUAAAGAAGAAAAUAAAUUAAUAAAAAAAAAGGGACAAAUUUUUAGAGAAAUGGAGACUUUAGAAUGAAAAAUUAUGGCUAUUUAGAGAAAAAAAAAUUAUAUAUAACAAUUGUUUAUCAUUUUAAGUGUUACAAGUCGAAAGGCCAUUUAAUAUUUUUUUUUUAAAUCUUUUUUUUUUUUGGCGCUUUCGAAUAUUUACAAUGAUUCACAGUGAUCAAUCGAUUUGUCGAGAGCUCGACCACUUUUUUACAAGAAUCUUACCGACCAAUAAUUAUUUAAUAAUCAUACUGAAUUAAUAGAAGAAUGCAGCUACUUUUUGCAUGAAAGUAUCGAAUGCUUAAUGUUAGCAAUUAACUUAAUUUACGAAGAAUGUUGUACGUUUAGUAGAGAAUUGGAAUAUAUGUGAAUAUUAUAAUUAAUAAUGAAAUGUAUUAAUCCGUUUGUGGAUUUUUACAAGAAAAAAAAAAAAAAAAAAAAUGAAGGUGUAGCAAAUGAAAGUAGAAGAGAUUAUGAAAGUAUUGUCAAUUGUAGGGUUCUCAGAUUGAAUUUGGUAUGGGCGCGUUUAAUGAAAAAAAAAUGAGGGCCAACGAUAUAUGUUUCAUUAUACACACACAUACAACCACACAGAUACAAAUUUAAUCACACAAACACUUUUCCUAUAUUAAAAAAGAAAACGAUUCUGAAUUUUUGAAUAGUAAUAAAAUAAAUUACUGUCAUCUAAUAUUUUAUUUAUAAACAUUUUUAUUUAUAAUAUACACAAAAAAUAAAUUUCUUCAAAGUAUAUUUAUUACAGAAUUGUUUUCUUUUUUUGGGGGGGGGGACUUUUUACAGCGAGUAAUUAGUAUUUCUUGAACUAAUUUUUGAUGUAAUCGCGGAUAAUUCGUAUAAAGCAGAGAACCAGUAAAACUAGUUACAGCUUUUUGUGUGAGGUUAUUGUGAUAUUUAAAUAAUAACUUUUCAGUAGCGAUCAGCGUCGAAGAAAAUCUUAUAUAUAUAUUAUAUACACAUACACACAUACACAAUGUCCCGAGACAAAAUUCUUGAAAACUCGAAGAAUUGCAAAAAAAAAAAUCAAUCUUUACAUUCUCUUAAUUAUAAUUAUAAUUCAUUUAUUUACAAUAUUUUAAUUUCUAAGUAUUUGUAUAUAGAAAACACAUACUCGUGCAUUAAUAUAUUUUCUUAAUUUAUUUAUUAAUUUAUAUCUUUUUAUCAAAAAAAAGCGGCAUUGAAAAGGUGAUUUUUUAAGUAUUAGUUUAUAAUUAUUUUAACUGUGUUUCAAUUAUUUUGUUUAAAAUAGUUGUUUUUAAUUAAUAUUUUGUCAAUUGUAAACUUUAGUUCAACCGUAGACGUAGUUUACUUUCUUUUUAAUUUAAAAUAUAUUUAUUAAAAUAAAAAAAAAACCAAAAUUGUUCUUUGUAGUGAUUGUCGAUAAGUAUAUCGAAUUUUUGUGUUGGGACACUAAUACUAAAUGUAUACAUAAAUAGAGAGUGGCGGUAAAAAAAAAUAUUCGAAAAAACAUAGAAAAAAAAAAAAAAAAAUGAAAGUAGGAACGAAGUUUUGACAAUCUGAGGCUUCGUCGAGUGGAUACUAUAAACAUUCUAAAAACUGAGCAAAAAUUUCUUUAAAAAAAAAAAUUCUAUUUUACAAAGUUUCAAAACAAGGGCAUUGUGAAUACUCUGAAAUUCGAAAGAAAUUUCUUACUCAAUCCGAAUUUGAUGCAAAAAAAAAAAAAAACUUUGUAUUAUGGAAAUAAAUGUAUAUUUACAAAAAAAUAGUUAAAUACAAUAUUUUUAAAAAUUGUUAGAGCUUCAUAUAAAUGGCAAUUUUUCAGAAAUUUUUAGAUUUUUCAUUACAUAACUUAAUAAAAAAAAAAAAAAGAAAAACUUUUGUCGUAGAAAAAUAAAAAUUUGCUCAAUUUAAGGAAUGUUUUAAUCGUGUCAUUUUAAUCCGUCCAAUCCGCCUCACAACGCGAGGCAUUGCACAAACUUGUGCAUAUUUGCGGGACUACCUAAAACAUAUCAUCAUAUGUAAUUAUAUAUAAUACUAUUUAAAGAAAAAGAAUUAAGCAAUAAGAUUUUGCCCGUAAGUAAAAUAAGUAAAAUAAAAAAAAAAAUCAUAUCAUACGUGGAAGGAUUAGCUUAUAUAAAUAUAUAAAUAUAUAUAAUAUAUAAAAAAAACUUCGUCGUUGUCAGGCGUUAAAUUACUAUGAAUUAUUAUGAUUAUUAUUACAAUUAUUAUAUUAUGAUUAUUAUUACCAUUAUUAGAUUGUGAAAGAAUUUUCGGGUUCUAAGCGAAAUUUGAAAAUAAUAAAAAUGAGAAAAAUAUAUAUAUACA